GUACAGUGUUAGGUAAGUACUUUUAUCCAAUCACAGCCUUUGAAAGCAUUCAUCUCGUGUUUGACAUCUUCGUGCAUGUGGGGUGAAAUGCUUGCUUCAAGAUCUUUAGUCAUGGCAUCGAGGCUGUCAAACUACUGCAGAAGGCUGGUGUGUCGCCAGCAAGCUGCCCUCCAGGCCCUGCCCAGGACUGCCUCAGUACGGGCGUGCAGUGCAGGAGUUAUCCCCCCUCCACAGGCCGAAGGCACAGACAAACAGUACCCUCCAAAAAUACAGAAGAUUGUGGAGGAGAUAAGUGGCCUCACAUUGUUUGAAGUGGCAGACUUAAAUGAGCUUCUCAAGAAAAACCUGAACAUCUCCGACACGCCCAUGAUGGCAAUGGGAGCCUCGGCAGCACCAGCAGCUCGGGAGGAGGAAGAGGAAGAAGUGGCACCUAAAAGAGAGAAGAUGGCUUUUGCCGUGAAACUUGUCAAGAUUGAUAUGAGCAAAAAAAUUCAAGUCAUCAAAGAAAUUAAAAAUCUUAUAUCAGGGAUGAAUUUGGUACAGGCCAAGAAGUUUGUUGAUUCCCUACCCCAGGUAGUUAAGGCUGAUAUUCCUAAGGACGAGGCGGAGAAACUGAAGGAGACGCUCAUUGCAGUUGGAGGAGAGGUAGAGAUCGACUGAUUGGCCAGUUUGGGGAUGAUUUCAUUGGCCAAUCGACUGACAUGUGACUGCAUUUACAUACAUCUGAUGUACAUGGCGUUACUGUGAAUGAGGAAGAUGAAUCGAACACUGCGACAUCUAUGAACACAAGUUGGAUACCUUGUAUUAUGUAUUUGAACACAGACGAUCUUGACCUAUGGAGUAAACUGACAAUGUAUUCACGAGACUUUGACAAGUGGCUCAUGGCACAGACUUGUUUUUUUGUUACUUUUGCAUUGAAUGUGCUGGUAGUCAAAUGACCAUGGUUUAAGGUCAUAUCUGAAAUGCAGAGUGUGUAGCUCCGUUUCCAAGAUUACAGUAGUAAUUGGCCAGGUGGCAUUUUAAUUCCUAUUGAUUUGGUCAAUAUAUGACAGAAGAAGAUCAUAAAAAUUUUAAGUUGAUAAAUUUUGCUACUUGUGGCAACCAUCUAACACUUCGACAGGCAUGUUAGCAUUUCAUUAUUCAAGUAUUCAUGGAUAUGUUUAGUUGUUAUCAUCGUCCAUUCAGUGUUUGACCACAUUGUACAGCAAAGACAGUAGGAUCGUCGACACAGUUCCCCCAAUGGUGCAUUGACCUUGGAGCAGAAGGCACCUUUAUUGGUUGCCAGGCAUUUAGAGAGACAUGGAUUGGCGUUGUAUAUACCGAUAUUUCAUCUUGUUAUUUGUGUGAAUGUGUGAUAGAUUAGAGUUGCAGAGAGUAAUUCCUAGUGCCAUGAAGAGCCUGGCUGAUACCAGGUAUAGUUGUGCUGCUGUACAAGAUAGUAUGCUCGGGCUGUCAUCGACGUAGUCACUCUACUGGAGUAUCUCCAGGUUCACAAAUUGGUACACAUAGAAUUGUUUAACUUGGGUCAACUGUCAUUACAGAACACUACUUGGAAAUAUAUUCCACAAUUGAUAUAUACUUGUAAUACCCGGUGGGGUCUGAAUGUGCUGGAAGAUGUCAUCGGAAUAGUAUUCAGUAUUGCUUUGGCCCCAAUUCUUUCCUGUUUUCACAAGUCCUUAUCUACUACCGAGUUGUAAUCCACCAGGUAAUGUCACUAGUUCUUUCUGAAUGUUACUUCUCGAGGACUGGAUGACUUGGGAAUAUUUUCUAACCCGAUUUUCAAUUCGAAUCGGAUAGUUGUUAAAUAGUUCUCCAAAUUCUACUAUAGUAAGAAAUGUCUUGUAUAAGUUCAACAAAGAUAUUACCAGUCGGGGACAGCCCUAGUCUAGGUGUCUGUAGGUUGGGGAAGCGAUGAUGUAUGAAUGAUGCGCCUUGACCUUGAAAUAAACAUGUACUCCUUGAA